AUGGGGGAUCCCUACCAGUAUCCAGUUUUCUUCGACUACCCCGGGUUGGACGCAGAGCUGAAGAAAAGGAUAAAAACGUUCUUUGAAGUCGGCCGAAGAGGAGGAGACUGCAGCCCCCUCACGAACAUUAAAGAUAACACUUACAGGAUUGAUUUCAAGGAUCAAGAUGGUAAGUCAAGUUUUUAAGUGAUAAACUUUGAUUUAUCCGUUGUUUUUGAAUGAAUUCAGCUGCGCAUUGGUGAAGGUGAAAGUGAAAGUAAAAAGUUGCCAAGGACAUAUUCUUAAAUAAUGAAAUACUAAAAAUAAGCAUUAAAACAUGAAUUACGUCUUUAGAUAAUGUUAGGUUGACGUUUCUGUUUUUCUUGAGCUGAAUUUAAGAUGCGCACGUCACAACCAUAUAUCGCAUGAUAAUCUCCAUAAUACCUGGGCAUGUGAGGAAUUAAUUAAACAGGAGGGACUCUGACAGGAAAAGGAGAACAACUGGCAUAACUGGUUCAUCAGGAUUGCACUGAUGCAUCAGCUUUUACUGGAAAAACUAUAUUUGACGUCAAACUAAAAAACACUGACAACUCAACCUGACAAAUACAAUAAUAACACAAAUCACUUUUUAAAGGAAGUUGAGCUUGAUCUUGAUCCUUUUUUUUUUUUUGUGCAACUUUUACUCUUUAAUAGAUGUUUUAUUUUCUUUUGUUGUCAGUUUGCUUCUCCUUUAGGUCUUAAAAGUGUUUUUGUACUUGUUUUAAGUCAUUUUUGGGGAACUUAAACACUUUUUGUAGCUGUUUUUGUUGAUGUUUGUUGUAUUUUUUAUCAUGUUGCUGUCAAUUUUGUUUACAGAUCCGAUCCCUAUGAAGUUCUGUUGUUAUUUCAGACAUUUUCCUGCAUUUUUUCUCUUUUUGCAAUAAGUUUUUUGAUCUGCAAAAUACUUGUAUUGCCUUUUUAACCAUGUCAUUGGAGGUCAAGUGUGAAAGUGAAAGUAUAGCUUUGUUUUGACAAAGGGAAGUUACAUAACAUUUGCAUACACAAAGGAGGGAAUUUAGUAACUGAUGCACACAUUACCACCAUAAUAUCCACAUAAGCAGGUGAAAUGAAAAACUGAAAGAUUAUCUAAAAAACAGGUUUUAUUUACCUAAACCUUUUUUUGUUACAGCUCAACAGAGGGUCCUGCAGAAAUCUGAGCAUGUGUUGAAGUUGGCUGGUGGUCCUUUGGUGCUGACUGUGCGAGACAGCCCAACACAAAAAGGAAAGUCACUUAACCCAGUACUGGAUUUUUCCCCUUCACAGGUUAGUGUGGAAGGUUCUGGAUGUUGUUCUUACUUUGCAGCCUUGAGAUUUUCACUCAGUAAGUUUGAAAAACUGUGAUUCGUUUUUUGUUUGUUUCAAUAUUAUUGCAUGAGAUAAGAUUGUAGAUAGAUUGAGAAACUGGGAAGAGAAAGUACGGAUUGGGGAAUUUAAAAUAUUUGACUUACUGUUUCACAGUUUUUAGUAUUAAAAGAAAGAAGUUACCAAACUGAAUUACAAAGAGAAUUUACCCAACUCAAUUUGUUGAUUUUGAUGCUAGUCCACUGCUAAUUAGGCAAAUAGCCAAUCAUGAGUUUGAGAUACAGACUAUACAUGUGUCUGCCCAAGUGGAUCCUGGGAAAAAAGCACACUAAAUGUCAGUGCAAAAGGUGAGAGACUUGUAGGGAUGCAGGAAGAGGCUAGUUAGGGCGUGAUCUUGAUUGAAACCGUGUAAGAUGGCUUAACAUCCCAGAUCCAAACUUUACUUUUAUUGAAUGCAAAUAUAAAAGAUAGAUUUAAAGCAAAAUUGCCCAUCUAGUAGUUCCAACUCUGUGUUUUUUCUUAAUCCAGAAUUCGCCAUCUUUGUAUUUAUACUCCAUAUGGGUUCUCCAUAAUCAGUGCUUUAGCUGAUAUGAAAAAAUGUUGUGUACUGAAACCGUUAUUGUGUGUAUCUUUCUAACAGCAGAAACAGCAGCCAUCUCUUGCAUCAAGCCAGCGCCCAUGUGAUGACGAAUAUGAACUCAAGCGCGAUCCUUACCUCCUUCGUUACUUCAAGGAGAGCCCCAAAGCUAGCCAAGAACUAGAAAAGGAACUCCCCUCUGCUUCCUGCUCUGCCAAGUUUUACCCAGAUGAGGGAAGGGUGUUAAUUCAAGGUUUAUCACAACCGGAUGCUGCUCAUGAUGUUACUAAUUGGAAAGCAAAGGUGGACAAAGUCUUUGAUGAGUUCUUGUGCCACUAUGAGGCUGAAUCUCGGAAAAUUAAGGCUUUGCUUCAGUCCUACGGCUCCCCUCAGACCACAGAUGAGGUGAAAGUAUACAAUGAGGCUGGGUUGGCUGUUGUGGUUGGGAAGCGUUCACAGGUGAAGGCCAUGUUGGUGGAUGUUGACUCUCGUAUUAAACGAGGCACACAGUCCGAUAAGAAGCAAACCAAUUGCCGUCUGGGUAAGGCCAAACUCAGUCUCCUUUGGAAAGAGAUUCAGCACAAUUUAGGGGAAUCUUUUCCAGAGGUGAAAGUGACCCAGACGAAUGAUGGUCAGAUAGUUUUAGAAGGUUCCUUGGAGGAAAUCCGCAAGGCUGGAGAUUUGAUCUCAGAUAUGGAGAAAUCGGUGUUAGAGAGGACAGUUUCUGGUGUAAGCCUACACUUUUUGGCAUUCCUGAGGAAGGCUUAUGGAGAACCAGGGGUGUUAGGUGACAUUUUAGGGGUUGGAGACAAUGUGGAAAUAGAGUUGAGAGAUGCAGGGCUACAUAUCUACACCCUUUCCGCUGAUAAACUGGAUGACACAGAAAAAAAGCUGCAUAAGAAGUUCAAGGAAGAUAGAUUUUAUAUUCCUAACUGCUCUACUGUGCCAUCUGAACUUCGGGAAAAGCUCAAGUGCAAGGCAUCGAGUAUGAACCAAGAGCAAUGUCGAGCCCAGUUUGUGUUUGGCUCAGACAACAAGGUGCACCUACAGGGCCAUACGGAGGAGUUUGAAGCCCUGAAGGGAGUGGUUGAACAGUUUAUUUUGGAUGAGGCAAGCAUCGAAGGCAAACUCAUUCUCCCAUUCCCAGAGCUAGCUCAACAGCUGCCAGAGCUGCUGCAUUUGCACAAGUUUGAUGACUCAGGGGUUACCAUCCGUCCUCUGACAUCUUCUUCCAGGCCUAUGGUUUUGCUAGAAGGUCCAUCAGGGAAAGUAACUGAGGUCAGGAACAGGUUAGGUCCGUUUCUGGACUCCCUGGUUAAAGACAGAGUCAUCGUUGACAUGCCUGGGGCUGGAAGGUAUUUUGAAAAUCCUUCUGGCAGGGAGGACAUUUUAAGAGUUGCUCGUUCCCAGAAGUGUCUUCUACAGUUUCAGGAGCAACCUCAUAUUUCCAGAAAGGAUUUGGCAUCAGGUACAGUUGCCACUUACUGCCUACAUGAAGGGCUCAAGGUUCUGGUGUGUAACGGUGACAUUACCAAACAGGAUGCUGAUGCCAUAGUGAAUGCUGCCAAUGAAAGACUUGACCAUGGUGGAGGAGUUGCUGGUGCACUAAGCAAAGCAGGCGGCCCUGAGGUGCAGAAGGAGAGCAGUUUACUCGUCAAGCAAAAUGGAAAGAUUUCUACAGGUAGAGCGGUAGUCACCACAGGUGGAAACUUGAAAUGCAAGAAGUUGUUGCAUGCUGUUGGGCCUGUAGGUGGAAAAUCUGGUGGCAGAGAAAGCGAGUUACUGGAAAAAACAAUCCAGUCCGCUCUAGAUUUGGCUGAAGUGAUGGAGUUCAAGUCCAUAGCCAUACCUUGUAUCAGCUCAGGUUUGUUUGGCGUCCCUGUCAAGGUGUGCUCUGAGGCUAUUGUAACUGCUGUGAAGAAAUUUUGCAGUCAAGGGGACAGAAGUCUGAACAAGAUAAUACUGAUUGAUGACAGGGAGGAGGUAGUAAGAGCAAUGCAGGACGCAUGUGACAGAAUUCUCAGAGUAAACCCUGAAGGGACAAGUGCCUCUGCACCAGAUACAGCAAGAGGAGCCUCUGCUGGACUUCCUGGAGAUGGCGUCCGUUUUGAAGUCAUUCAGGGAACCCUUGAGACCCAACAGGUAAGAAACUAUAAAGGUCAUGUAUGGCCACAGGUAGUUGAAGGCUGAUAUAGGAAUCGGUGUGGCAUUAAAGCAAAACAACUUUUGUAUUUAACCAACCCAGUUCUGGAUAGAAGCAAUCCUACUUACACACAGUGCAAAUACCACAGGGUCCUCUUUCACUGUGAACACAGUUUCCAGGGUCAUUUCAGUGUAAACUUGGCUGUAACAUGUUUUUUUUAUUUAUCCAGGUGGAUUGUCUGGUAUGUCCUAUGGCUGGCCACGAUCCUGUCUCUACAGUUGUCGGACAAAUUUUGGUCAGAGAGGAGCCUCAGCUUGCCGCAAAGUUUCACCAGGAAGCAAAGGGAGCUACAUUGCCAAGUGACAUUGUCAUAGUGAAGGACAUCGUUGCACUCAGCUCCAAGGGAGUUGCUUUCCUCAACCUCAUUCCCUGGGAUAAUAACCAAGAUGGAACUGCAGUCAAGGUGAGUUUGGCCUACCAUAAGCACCUUUUAGCCAGGUUUAAAAAACUGUUAACUUUGAUAAUCUGUAUGUCUUACAGGUCCUGCGGCAAAGCAUUAAAAAGAUCUUGGCUUUCUGCGGAAUCAGAGGUUACAGUUCAGUUGCACUACCAGUGCUUGGGGCCGGGGGUGUCCUUCGUUUUCCUCACAGUGUGGCAUCCAGGGUGAUACUAGAGGAAGUCCAAGCAUUUGAAAAGAGCCGAGUUGACAGAACAUCUUUCCUCAUCCGUUGUGUCAUUCACCCCAACAACAAAGAGUCAAGCAAGGUAUCAAAACUCUAAAGCAUGGUUGGGGUAUUACAUUUCGUAAACCUCAGCCUUGUGACAGGGUUGUUUAUGCAGUUAUUGACAUUUGUUACCUACUGUGUGCACAUCAAUAUCACCGUCAAAGAACUUAGCCUACUUAUUUAAGGCUCUUUUACAAACCAGUUAAUAAUAGUCUGGUUUUUCAAAUGGAUUCUUUCUUUGUCCAAAAAGGCUUUCCAAUCGGCCCAGAAACAUCUGCACCUCAGAGGAUUCACCAACGAUGUCAACCCAGACCAAGGUCUACAAUAAUCUAUAAUUUUCUUUUCCGUUUCCAUUUUGAACAAAGUUUUAACAGUUUUCUCAUCAAUCAAGAAUUAAUCUAAGGUCAAAUGGGUAAAGAUAUAUGGAGUUGGCUCACAGGGUUAUCUGCAUAUUACACAGAAACAUGGAAUUCAGAAGAUUUAAUUGAAAUAUUUUUCUUUUAUUGGCUUGGCUUUAGCUUCCUUUUACCGCCAUGUCUCCAACACCAAUGAUGAGGUCACAGCCAUGCUGGGUGAAGUCAAGCUUCAGAUUGUCAAUGACAACAUAAUUCACGAGACCACUGAUGUCAUCGUCAACACUACGGACUUCUCCAGAAACCAAUUUGGUAUAGUUGACGGAUUUUCUCAGUUUUUCUGAACUGAUUUUUAAUUUAAACAUUCCCCUAGCAUCUGAGAUCGGAGAUGAUUAUAGUGUAGUAACCCAGAUUAGGUCUGACUGUUAUUUCAUGUUCACAAACUCUGUAGGUGUAUCCAAAGCUAUUCUGACUGCUGCGGGACCCACUGUUGAAGCAGAUUUUGCUAAAGGUAACAAGUAAUAAUUCAAUUUUCUCAAUUUUCUGGAAAUUUGGUAUGACAUCUGAGGGAAUCUUUGAUUAAGUCUUUUUCACCUCUAAAUCAAGAUUUUGUGUUUGCCUUUUUUUCAGUGGGUGUUCCAGCUGACCGUUAUCACACCACAGGGGCAGGACUGCUUGGUUGUAAAGAAAUCAUUCAUGCUAGUUUUCAUUGUGACCAGCAAAUAAUUCGGAAGACCUGCAUAAAGAUACUGAAGCAGUGUGAAAGCAAAGGCUUCUGCUCAGCAGCAUUUCCAGCAAUCAAUACUGGUUUGUAUUGACUGUACUGACUUAUGGAUGAAGGUUGAAUGUCAAUAAAUACUUUUGGAAAAAAAAGUAAUUCAACUUGUUGAGCAUGAAUAGAAGAUAAGUGAUUGGUUUACUUUUAAUAGUUAAGCCCUAAGUAUAAAAAAGGUUAUAGACGAAAUCAACAUUUCAAUAGAGACCUUAUCAAACCAGACAAAACUCCUCAAUGAAGCUUAGAUGUCAGCAGAAUCUUGACACAGGGUGAAGAACAACAACGUGAUGUCUUUAUGUCCUUCCAGGUGCCGCUAGGAUGGACUAUUUCACAGCUUGUAAAGCCAUGCUGGACGGCAUGACUGCAGCUAUAACAGACUUGAAACCAAAGUCUCUCUCACUUAUCCGCAUAGUCAUCCUGGACCAAGCUGUCUAUCAGGCUUUCAGGUCAGAGACAGAGUCUUCUUUAUUAAAAAAAAAAACAGUUAAAAGCAAAGCAGAGAUGUUGUUUAUACACCGAUUUCACUGCCUGUCUCUGUCAUGUAUUAUGUUUUACAGAUUGGAGUUGGAGAACCGCUUUGGGCAGACAGCUACUCCCCACCUCACCCUGAGAGGUUUGUUUACAUAUUUUCAGCUAACACAUCUUGAUGCAUAAAAAGGGCAACCACCGCAACUUUGUUGUAAUCUGGUUCAAACUAGUUUGUAGUGAUGGACAACUGCUGUUGUUACCUGGAUUGAUAGAUGGAUAGAUAUUCUUUAUUGAUAGGAUUUCCCCACUUUGCCCAUCAAAGAUGAUUGAGUUUCAGUAGUUCUCCAGGCUGCUUUCACAUCUGUGCCUGGUAACUCAAAAGCAGCCUUACUCGACCCAAAUCUCUUUCCCCAGCUCCAUCCCUGGGAUCCUAAGGUAUUGCUGAACUAGGUGGGAUUGUAGUCGCUCCAGUGAGCUCUGGGUGUACCCUAGGGUCUCUUCCCAAUUUCCCAAUUGGACAUGCCUGGAACACCUCCAAACUAAGAAGUCCUUGAGACAGACUUCAAAUUUUUCUGUGAUGACGACAUGCUUCCUAAAUGAUAAGUGGUGGAUAAAGGCUCAAUAAUUACCUUAAAGGGCAUUUCCAUCAAAUGGGUUGCUAUUUUUAAUAGGGGUGUCCUAAUACAACUUUUUUUAUUUUAUUUUAUUUUUUACCUCCAAUACGAUAUUGAUGUUGUAAACCUUCAGUGUUGGCCAAAACCGAUAUUGAUCCAAUAUUCGCACAAACUUGUGCAUGACACUUUUUGCACUCAGCUGCAAUGUCUUUUUCAGACUUUAAUGAAAAAUACCGCCACACGGCCGACAUCACUCCUACUCCUUGCUACUUUGUUAGUUCUUGAGUACACUCCGUUGUUGUGAUCAUGUGGGCUCUGCAAGUUGGAUCUGGGAGCUGCUAGAUAGAGGUACUGGAGCGUAGUCUGGAAUGGACUGCUCAUAUCAGAGUGCUGACAUUGGAGAUUUUAGAUGCAGACCGAUAUAAUCCGAUAUUCCUUUUGAUUCUGAUAUCAGCCUGAUAUCCUAUAUCAAUAUCGGUUCGGGGCAUCCCUAAUUUUUUAACUUGUUUUUUUUUAGCCCCUUGAAAUGUGAACUGGUGCUCUAUAAACAAAGACUGAUUGCUAUGAUUUGACUCAAAGACAGGAAUUUCAUGGCUCAGAUAAGUUGGAUGGUUUUCAGUGUUAGUGGAGAUCUCAAAGAACUGACGCAAUAACGCUUCCCCUUGUGUUUUUCAGAGAAAGCCAUGAAGCUGCUCAAGAAGUUACAGAAUCAAAGAACUGCCAAAGCAUCAGCAACUCCAGAUAAAACCUUCCUUUCCUUCAAACCUCCUCCAGUCACGAUGAAUGUGAUAAGUUGUGGUGGUCCACAAACCAUCAGGACCAUCAAGAGGGAUCUAGAGGGUUUCCUGCAAAUGCAGCUGGUAGAGAAAAAGGUGGAUGUGCAGGAUUUCUCCAGGCUUGAACCCAUGGAGCUGGAGGCAGUGCAGGCAAAAAUCAGCCUCUUCGCAAUAAGCCUUGAGUACCAGAGACUCCAAGGCUCUGGAAGGUCAGAUAGAAACAGUACAGGAAACACAGCAAGAGGUGAAACUCAAAGUCUGUCAGAUUCAGGGCGAGAGGUCUAUGUGCUGAAAGGCCUAAAAGAAGACGUCUUAAGCGUCACUGAGCUUAUAAACAAAGCAAUCCAGAAAGCACUUUGUGAAGAUCUCCAGGACAAGGAAGAGGCAAUGUUGGCUCUUACUACCCAGUGGUCGAUUCUGGAUCCAGUCUGUGGGGCCUGGCAAGAGCUGAGCCUGCAUGACAACUUCCUGCUAGAGGGGGCUCACUCACGCAAUGAAGUGUUAGUAGAUGUUACAGCACCAGACGGCAUGAAGGUAACAGUAAACGUGAGGGCGAGAGAGGCCACAAACUGGACAACAGGCGCCACUCACAAAGUGAAAAGAAGCAUGAGUGGAACAAGUAAGUCACAAUUUGCAACGUAGCUUAAUAUUUUUAUUGAACAUUUGGCAUUAGUGUAAGAACUGUUGAAAUUCUUGAAAAUGCUGUAACCCGACCAUUAAUUCUUGCGACUCCAUCUUCAGCCUUAGAUUUGCCGACACACUGGGAGCCUAUGGAGGGGGAAACUUUUAAAAAGGUUGAGCUGCAGCCUUCCUCAACAGAAUACCAGGGGGUGGCCCAGGGUUUCCUCAGAACAGCUAACUACAACAUCUGUAAGGUAAAUAUGCAACCCAAAGAACACAGACUCUUGUAUGUGUAUGGACUUUGCAUACAAAAGUACUUGAUCAUUUUCUCUCCUUUCUCAGAUUGAACGUGUGCAAAACGUCUACCUGUGGCACGCAUAUACUGUGUGUAGGGAGCGUAUUUUUGCCAAGAAUGGUCGUGCUGAGCUUGGGGAGAGGUUUCUUUACCACGGCACAUCUGCAGAGUCGUGCGAGUGCAUUGAAAAGAACAAAUUUGACAGGGGCUACGCAGGACAACAUGGUGAGGAGGGGGCCAGGAGUGAGGGGGAUAUAAUGCAAGUGUAAAUGUGACAUUAGUAGCCAAAGGCUAAAGUAAAGCAUUGUUGGCCAAGUCAAGCUAAGUUGAGCUAACAGCUCCUUGAUAAGACCCCACGAGGUCUAACUUCAUGAGAACUAACUUCCUGACUGAAGCCUUGUUUCCACCAAAAAUACCUGGAACUUUUAGUCACAUGAGUUCCUUUUCCAGAGAUUAAAAGAUUCAAUUUUUUCACCAAGGUCUGCAGACAUGAGAAUAAUUGGCAAAGAGCCCUCUGGUCUCUGAUACAAAGUUCAGGGAACUGAUCCGAUCAGGGUCUUUUUAAGGACUGAAAAAAGUCACUCAGGCUUAAUUUUUAUGGUGUUUGUAUUGCACCAAGUUCCUUGAAAUAGUCCAUAGUGGGAAAGCAGGGAAACUUCUGUGGUGGUGACUCACUGGAUACUUUCUAAAGUUACUCAGUGGAAUCACACCUCUGAAAGAGUACCCUAAGUCCUUGUACUUUCAGAAAAUACAACACCCCCAACAGGAACCUUUUAGGGAGUAUUAUCAAGUUACUUGGAUGUUAAGUUCCUGGUCCCCCAGAAAAGGUCAAACAUUCCUGGGUACCUCUUAAAGUUCCUAGUUACUGUGGAAACUUCCUUUAGAGGAAAUACACUGGUAAGUGGUCUAGACACAUCCAAGAUGACGUGUUUUUUAAUUCUAUUCAUUACAGCUGCUGUAUAUGGAAAGGGAGUUUACUUCGCAGUCAACGCAGACUAUUCGGCCCGUGGAUAUUCACCCUUGGAUGCAUCAGGACUGAAGCGGCUGUACGUCACUCGUGUCCUGACAGGCCGUUGCACAAAAGGUAAUUCCCAACUGAAAGCUGCCCCACCUCGAGGCUCAGACCGCACCGACUGCUACGACAGCGUGGUGGACAACUGCCAGGCGCCCACCAUGUAUGUGAUCUUCCACGAUGACCAGGCCUACCCAGAGUACCUGAUCACCUUCAGACAAUAA